GCCGCCCCCUGUCCUCGCUCUUGUGCCUGUCCCCAGCCCACAGAGCUCCACUGCACCUUCAGAUCCCUGGUGUCUGUGCCCCACAACAUCCAGCCCCACGUCGAGAGGAUCAACCUCGGGUUUAACAGCAUCAGCAGCCUCUCAGAGAAAUCUCUCUCAGGUCUGACCCGACUUGAGUUACUUCUGGUCCACGGGAAUGACCUGCACUCCCUUCCUGACGGUGCGUUCAAGGACCUCUCAGCUCUGCAGAUGUUGAAGUUGAGUUAUAAUAAACUUCGUGAGGUGAGCCGUCACACGUUCGUGGGUCUCUGGUCUUUGACCCGACUCCACCUGGACCACAACGGCCUCGAGUCCCUGGACCCGGACACGUUCCACGGACUCACGAACUUAAAACUUCUACAGCUGGAAGGAAACCGCCUGAAACGCCUGCACCCGUCCACCUUCACCACGUUCACGCUCCUGGGCUCCGACCGCUUCCACCUGUCGACGCUGAAGCACCUGUACCUGUCCAACAACAGCCUGAGCGCGGUGCCCGGGCAGGUGCUGGAGACGAUGCCGCAGCUGGAGAACCUGUUUCUCCACGGGAACCCCUGGGUCUGCGACUGCAACAUGAGGUGGAUCCACACAUGGGUCCAGACGGCUCCAGGUGUAUUGAAGUGUAAAAAGGACCGAGCUUUACCUGGAGGUCAACUUUGUCCGAUCUGCUCUUCUCCACGAAAUCUCCACCAGAAACCUCUUCAGGCUCUGGACAACAUGAUCUGCAGCGGCCCCGUCAUCAACUCCAAAGAUCAGCACUCGAAACCCGAAGAAACCAACCACGAAUUCACGUUUCUGGACGAUUUCAAGCAACCGUUCGGAAAUAUCUCUCUUGGAUUAUCCGACGAACACGGCAACGAGGUGGAGCUCGAGUGCGGCGUCGGCGAACCGAAGGACGGCGGCAAAAUCAGCUUUGAGCAAAUCGACGACGCAAAAAUGGCGAGCAACAUCACACUUUCGCUCGAUUUGGAUUGCGACGUUGACAGAGAAAAAUACGAACGUUUAUGGAGGUUGAUCGCGUAUUACACAAGCGUCCCGGCGCAUUUAAAAAGAGGGAUUAUGCUCAAGAAAAAUCCAUACCCGACGUACGUUUACAAGCAGGAUUCGGAUAAGGAUGCGCUGUAUUACACGGGAGUCAAAGCAAACGUUAUGGCGCUACCGUCUUGGCUGAUGCAGUCGUACGCGGAUUUACAGCUAAACCGGCAAGGAUCGUCCGGAAAAAGAGUUAAGCUAAGUUUUACGACGCAACUAUCGCAAAAUCUGGAAACGGAAAUGAUUCGAAGAGAAGUCAGAACGUGGGUUACGAUCGAAGAAUCGAAUUCCAGUUUUAAAACGGCGAUUUUAGGCAAAAGUUUUGACUUGCAAUGUCACGUUCAGAGUUCGGGUGAGCCGGUCAUAACGUGGAUUCUACCGGACGGGAAAAAGUUAGUAGCUCCGAGUGAUAAUUCCGAUGAAAGACUGUCCAUUUCCGCAGACGGGAAGCUUGAAAUCAAAACGGCCGAGCAUAAAGACGGCGGGAACUAUUAUUGCGUUGCUAAAGUCGAUGAAGACAUUGCGAUUUUACCAGUUUACGUCAGCAUACAAGAUCCGUCCAACCCGCAACCAGGAGACGACGAAGCUUCACCGUCUAUUGAGUUGUUAGCUGGAAAUUCGUUAAAUCUCGAUUGCAACGCUUUUGGUUCACCGGAUCCGGAAGUCAACUGGAUUAUCCCGAACGGAAAUAUCAUAAGUUUUAAAUCGAACACAUCACGAGUUUUAGUUUUUCCCAAUGGAACGCUUCAUAUCGCGCAAAGUUUGCCUCCCGACAGCGGAGUUUACAAAUGUGUAGUUUUGAAUCAAUACGGCGUGGACACGAAAACGUCGAAAGUCACCGUGAAUAAACGUCCGGGGAUGGUUAAGCCUAUACGAAGAUUUCCGUUAAGACCACAAUCUGCGUCUGGGGUAAACACAAAAAUUAAAGUUCCGAUUCCAGAUUUAGACGAAGGAUCUGGCGAAACUGAGGACGCUACGGAUUCGAAGCCUGUACGCAAAGUAGUCCCGGUUCGAAACGGCACGCCUCCGUCCUCCAGAACUCCGUGGCGCAGACCUCCCAUCAUAAUGCGAAAACCGGCUUCGCAAAACCCGCAAAACGGAAGGAAUAUUUUAGAUAGCCGCAGAAGAAUGAACAUGUCAAAAACGAAGAUAAACCCGGAGAGAUGGGCGGACAUUUUGGCAAAGAUUCGCAUCAAGAACGGGCAGUUUGCGACUACGGUUUCGCCGGUAAUCGCAACGACGCCAAAAAUCACAACGCCGUUUCAAGAGUUGACAACUUCGCUGCAAAAAGAGACAACCUCCCAACAAUACACAACCCAAUUUUUAACAACUUUAUCCCAUGAAACUAUCGAAGGAUCGUCAGACGGAGUGACUUUGAGUGAAAAAGCUCCCCACGAAUUAACGACGACGACUAUGCCUACACGAGAAAACGCAUACGGCUCGCAUACAACAACCCUAAAGCCCAUGACAUCACCAAAUUUCCCCAAUUUGCAAGCGACUACUUCUAGCAAUGUGUUUUUCCUCCCACAAACCACUUCUCGGCCAUUUCAAGUUGUCAAAUUUUGGCAGGAAGUCCUAAACACUCCAGGCAAGAGCGCAACUUAUUCCCACCAUGAGGACAGUGAAGUCAAAGGAGGCAGAGCAGCUGAUCCCAGAAGAGCUAAAGCGAAAGGAAAUCGCAGGAAUAAAAGUAAAAUUUCCAAAUUCCACAGAAAGGUUAAAACGGGGCAAGUGCUUCCAACGGUUGACCCAGUUACAUCAAAAAGGGAGGAUGAAAUAAUACCACAAGAGCCAAAAGAUGUGGGACUGUUACAAAUUGAAGCCAUUAUUGAUUUAGUUUCCCCGACAACCGCGCAAAUAUGGAAAAAGCCAACAAGCAGCACACUUCAACCGACGAGAAGACGCAAUGGAAAUCGUAAAAAGAAUCCAAACAGGCAUAAAAAUAAGAUAAACAAACAUACUAAAAAUAAUGUUAUAACUGAUGAAAAGGUUGGCCAAGUCAGCGUCAUGCCUACAGAGCUAGAAAUAGAAGUUCCUGAGAGUUUGGAGCCAACUGUACCACGAGAAAAUGAGUCUACGGCAAGCAGCGGGAGCCAGAAACUAACAGAAAGCAACACGAAAACAAAGAUAAAUGAUAACAAUGUAGUACAAGGUUCGAGCCCGACUGCUUUCCCAGAGACGAGACUGGACACGGUCCCGUCAAAACCUGCGCGAACAUUUACGAGCCACGAGCCACUGCCACCUGUUAAACCCGUAUCCCGGCCGCCGAUGGAAAACGCUCUAACAGAAAGGCCCUCCGAGAAGCUUAGACACGCAAAGAGGAAGUUAAUUCAAUCGCGCCAAAGAUAUACGGGCCCCAGGGGACAGAAACAUCUUGUGAAUGGGACCGGGGAGCAGUUACCGAGGCGUUCUUCUUCGUUGGCUUCCUUAACGGAGCAUAAAGCGGAGGAGAUGCACCAUUUCGGAGAUACAGGUGCUUUACUGGCCACAACACGCAUCGAUUUUGAAAUACAAGCAGUUACGAAAAGGCCAGAAAACUCCUCCGAGGCUUUGAUUCAAGAUAAUAGACUGGAUAAUGCUGAAAACGCAAGUGUAACGGCGUCUACAACGGCUUUAAUGGCGACUACUUUAAAUUACGACCUUACCAAAAUGGCCGCCGCUGAAGCUAAGUUAAAAAGUACCACCAAACAAGCUAUUACCGUUAGCAGCAGCACAAAAACGCCCCGUAAACAAACCGAAUCAGUAACCUAUUCUAAUAUACUCCCACCAAAAACAACUUUAACGACUCAUCUAUUAACAGAUACGACUAAACACGCGACAGACAUUAGCAAAAGCCCCGAAAAUUUCAAUAAAGAUCAAAAAACGCAAGUCAUUUUAUCCCAAAAUGCUAACAAGCAAGCUACUAGUAUUCCCGUUAUUUUAAAUGUCAGUCAAGACCAGCCUAGUCCAACCACUUCUAUGUCUUUGCAAAUUACUAACGCUAAAACGACAAUAGCGGCAUCUACUCUGCCUCCUCCUAGUGUUAGCGUUAGCACUAAAAAUGCUAAAACAACAAUCCCGUCUUCGUUUUUUAAUGUAACAACAAAACAAGCGCCAACGACUAAAGUUAGCCCAAGAAAUGACGAUAAAAAACAAGACAACGAAACAAAUACGCUAAUGUCUUCCCCGAAUCCUGUUUUAAAAUCGACAAUAACGCCAACUAUGCUAACUUACACAACGCGUAAAGUUCCUAGCGUCACAACUAGUUCGAAAAUCGUAAAAGAAGAUGAAAUUAUUGCAGCUAAACCAACAAAUUCUUCUCGUAUUUCUGUACAAAAUUCAUCUUUAGUUCCAAGACUCGCAAUAAAUACCACCCAACAAGCGGUUAGCGUUAGCGUUAGCCCUAAACUAGACCAAAGUACUCAAGCUAAAUCGCUAACAACGUCUGUCGCACCUACAACGGAUGCCACCCAGCGACCAACUCGAGCUAAAUCAGCGCUUUCGGAUCCCGUAACCCAGUCGCCCGACCACAGAAUGAACCAAUUUAUUAGCUUAAAUCGGAGCGUACCUACAAUCAACUCGGAGACCACCCCUGCCCCGACGUUUACCCCAUUCCGGGCUAAAUUGUGGACAGAAGAAGCGCCGCGAGCUAGCACGACGUCAAAGCCACCCGCCUUAGCCACUUAUCCGAGGGGGAAGCCAAGGAUAACCAAGGGUAAUUUCCAAAUUAUGAGCGUAAAAGCGGAAACAGAUGCCAUACUUCCCUGCGCUGCCAACGGAGAACCCAAACCUUUCCUGUCCUGGACUAAAGUUUCAACCGGUACGAGUAUCCCUCAGAACACCAAACUGCAACGAUACGAAGUGCACAAAAACGGGACUCUCAUCAUCCGAAACAUCCAACCAGUGGACGGCGGAGAAUAUCUCUGCACCGUUCAGAACCAGUACGGCUCCGACGAGAUGCUCACCAACCUCGUGGUGCUUUCCCAACACCCGAAAAUCCUCCAACCUCGACACCGCGACAUCUCUGUGAACUUAGGAUCCAGCGUUGAUUUAGACUGCCAAGUUGAAGGACACCCUAAACCUAGAGUGACAUGGGUGCUCCCGAACCACGCCCAAAUGGCUGCUACGCCUUUCGGACUAGCUUCAAACCGCGUCAGCAUUUUACAAAACGGUACUCUGCGAAUUGUCCAAGCUGUUUUUUCCGACCGAGGGAUUUACAAAUGCGUGGGUAGCAGUACGUCGGGAGCGGACACGGUUUCGAUAAGGCUGUAUGUUUCGUCUUUGCCGCCGAUUUUUCAGCAAACGCCGAUUGAAAACGUCACCGCAAGCGAAAACGGCGCCGUCUACUUGGAUUGCACCGCUAGCGGAUCGCCCCAACCAACGAUACGGUGGAUUACGCCAGAUAACAUCCAGCUAGCGUCGUCGCAAUACUUAAUCGGACAAAAUUUAAGAGUUUUUCCAAAUGGUACGCUCAUAAUCGAAAAUUUAACCCAAGGAAACGCGGGAAAGUAUCAGUGUUUGGCGAGUAACGUGAUGGGGACGAGCAAGAGGAUGGUGAACUUGUUUGUGAAGAGUAGGAUGCUAAUGGCUAAAGCUAGCAUCACAAUGGCGUCGCCGAAGUUGACGCGGGUGGUUUACGGAGGGAAGCUGAAGCUGGACUGUGUGGCCAAAGGAGAUCCAGAGCCAAGAGUGAUCUGGAGAAUGCCGUCCAAGAAACUAGUGGAUGCACAAUACAGUUUCGACCCGAGGAUCCAAGUCCGCGCCAACGGCUCUUUAACCGUCCACUCUGUCACUGACAAAGACGGCGGCGAGUAUCUCUGCGUGGCCCGAAACAAGAUGGGAGACGAUUACGUGGUCCUGGGAGUCGAGGUUCUGACGAAACCGGCGAAAAUCGAGCAGAAAAAGCCACGGUCGAGCCAGGAGGUGAUCUACGGAGGGGACCUGAAGGUGGACUGCGUGGCGUCCGGACUCCCCAACCCGGAGAUCAGCUGGGCCCUGCCGGACGGGACCAUGGUCAACCACGAGAAGCAGCGAGACAGAGCCGGGCGCAGCAGAAGGUACGUCGUGUUUGACAACGGCACUCUCUUCUUCAACGACGUGGGGAUGAGGGAGGAGGGCGACUACACCUGCUACGCCGAAAACCAGCUCGGAAAAGACGAAAUGAAAAUCCAUGUGAAGGUCAAAUCUGCCUCGUCUUCCCCGCAAAUCCAAAACAAAACAGAAAUUUCGCCGGUUCAAGUUAUCUACGGCGAAAACGUAACCUUACAAUGCCACGCUAAAGGUGACCCGAACCCUACGUACACCUGGAUAUCGCCGAUGAACCGGAUAAUCGAUUCGAAAGAGGAAAAAUAUCAAGUUUUCAACAACGGGACGCUGACUGUGCAGAGAGUUCAACGUUUCGACGCCGGGGACUACACCUGCGUCGCACGGAACAGUUACGGACAAGACAACAAGAUCGUAAAAGUCGAAGUUUUGGUGACGCCUCCUGUCAUUAGCAACGACGGAAAUAAUUUUAAAGUUUCCAAAUUUCAAAACGAUAGGAUUUUGUUGGAUUGUGUCGCCACGGGAACGCCGAAUCCCAGAAUUAUGUGGGUGCUGCCCGGGAACGUGAUCCUCCCCGCUCCGUAUUACAGCAACCGGAUUACCGUUUUUCAGAAUGGAAGCUUGGAAAUCCGAUCGGCGAAAACGAGCGAUUCGGGCCAGCUCGCUUGCAUCGCGCGAAACGAAGGCGGCGAGGUCAGAUUAGCGGUUAGCCUCGACGUUAAAGACGCCGACGCUAGAACGCAGGCUUCCGGGACGCAGCUGGACGACGUGUCGCUGACCGCCGGCAACGCGAUGACUCUGAAUUGCUCGUUUGACGGGAAUAACGUUAAACAGAUAACGUGGGUGCUUCCGAACGGGACGCCUUUGCUCAGCGGCGCGCGAUUGGCGAAGUUUUUCCACCGUCCAGAUGGCUCGUUGAUAAUUAGCAACCCUUCGUUAGCGGAAGCGGGUACGUACCGAUGUUUAGGACGUAGCAGCACUAGCCAAGUCGAGCAGUUCGUACAGUUGACGCCCGGAAGGAAACCCGUGAUCGCGAAUAAAUACGAGUCACCAGUUAAUGUUUUGAACGGCGAUACGCUGAUGCUGCAUUGCGUUACAAACGGAGAUCCGCUACGGCUAACGUGGACGCUACCGAGUGGAGUUGUUUUGAAUCGUCCACAAAAAGCUGGGAGGUAUUCCGUGCUGCAAAACGGAACGCUGGCGAUAAAGCAAGUCAGCGUUUACGACAGAGGUUUGUACGCGUGCAGAGCGGCAAACGAGUACGGUAGCUCUGUUAUGUCCGUCUCCGUUAUCGUAAUAGCGUACCCUCCGCGAAUCACAAACGGACCAAAUUCGGUGACGUAUGCGAAACGCGGCGUGGCGAUACAGCUGAACUGCGCCGCUACCGGAAUUCCCAAAGUGGAAGUGGCCUGGGAGACGCCGGACAAAGCGAGGCUGGUCGUCACCGCGCAGCCUCGACUGUUCGGGAACAAGUACCUCCAGCCGCAGGGUUCGCUCGUGAUCCAAAACCCUUCGCUAAAAGACGCCGGCGUUUACAAAUGCACGGCGAGGAACGCGAUCGGGGUGGAUUCGAAAACGACGUAUUUAAAUGUUUACUAAGAGGAAAUUUCACUGUAACUGCCCGAGAAACUGCCAACGCCGAGUAACUGGACUGCUGUUACGAGACGAAAAUAAAACGGACACUCGCGACGUGCCGAGAAGAAAAUUUUUAACGGAUUCUCAAAUGCAAAAUGGACUCGAUGAACUAAGAGCCUUUUGGGAAUAAAACAAAUGUUAACACUAAUUGAGUUUUUUUAAACAUGGUGGAAUUUACCGACAAUAUUUAACAACUAAGACGAUUUGUAAAUUAUUUUGUGUGGGGGUUUUUUUCAGACAACAUCUCAACGUUUUUUUUAAAGUUCUCAAAUUGGUAGAAACUUUAAUAAGUUGUAAGAAAUUAAACUAGUUAAGUAGAAAAAGACAUGCACUUUCAGGUACAUUUUUGCGCUUGGUUAAAUCUUUGUACAAACUAGAAAAAAUUUAAUAAAAUUGACACAGAGUUGAAGAAUUUUGUAUUUAUUUUUUUCUUUUUAAUUACACAAGUUACAACUUUUAUGCCAGUUUUGUUCAAGUACUACUGAACAAAUACUGUAAAAAUUUAAAGAAUUAAAGGUACACUGUGUAACUUUUUUGGUUUUGCUUAAUCAGGACUAAAUCAUAAACAAACCUAGACCAGGACUAAACCAAAACUAACCACCAGUAAAACCAGCAUAAAUAAUUCGAAACUACAGCUAAAAUAGGACUGAACAUGGACUGAACCAGGACUAAACCAGGAUUUAACCAGACCUAGAUCAGGGUUUAGACGAGGACUAAAUCAGAACCAAACCUAGAUCACGACUAAACCAAGACUAACCUUGACUAAAACCAUCAUAAAAAUAUCGAAACUACAGCUAAAUUAGGACUCGACCAGGACUGAGACCAGGACUUAGACCGCAACCAGACUGAGACUGAGACCAGGACCAGACCAUGAUCGAGACCGGGACUGAGACUAGGACCAGAUCGGGACAAGACCAGGACUGAGAAUGGGACCAGACCGAGGCUGAGACCAGGACCAGACCAGGGCUGAGAUUGGGACCAGAC